GGGGCUGCAAGUUAGGACUUGGUACUCCUAUCCUGACGCUGCUUCUGCUUGAGCCAAGCAGGCAGUGUAGUCUGGCCGGGAGCGAGCCAUGACGGCGGUGCGGGGCCUCUGGCCGGAGGCGCAGGACACCUGCACCUCGCUGGGGCUGAUGCUAUUGCUCGUGCUGUUCGUGGGGCUGGCCCGCGUGGUCACCCGGCAGCAGCUGCACAGGUUCAUGAUGGCCCACAGCUUCGUCUUGGAGUUUCUGGCCACCUUCCAGCUCUGCUGCUGCACCCAUGAGCUGCAACUGCUGAGCGAGCAGGAACCCGCGCACCGCACCUGGCCGCUGUCGCUAAUCUACUUCUUCUCGUUGGUGCACGGCCUGACUCUGGUGGGCACCUCUAGCAACCCGUGCGGCGUGAUGAUGCAGAUGUUGCUGGGGGGAAUGUCCCCCGAGACGGGUGCGAUUAGGCUGUUGGCUCAGCUGAUUGGUGCCAUGUGCAGCAGGUACUGCAUAAGCGCCCUGUGGAGCCUGGGGCUGACCAAGUAUCACCUCAACGAGAGGACCUUCGUUUGCAGGAAUCCUAUUCAAGUCGACUUGCCCAAAGCGGUCAUCACAGAAGCCAUCUGCUCCUUUAUCUUCCACAGCGCUUUGCUGCAUUUCCAGGAGAUCCGAACCAAGCUUCGUAUCCACCUGCUGGCAGCACUCAUCACCUUUUUGGUCUACGCAGGAGGAAGUCUAACAGGAGCUGUAUUUAAUCCAGCUUUGGCACUUUCACUACAUUUCAAGUGUUUUGAUGAAGCAUUCGUUCAAUUUUUUAUAGUAUAUUGGCUCGCUCCUUCUUUAGGUAUAUUGUUGAUGAUUUUGAUGUUCAGCUUUUUCCUUCCAUGGCUGUAUAACAACCAUCCAAUUAAUAAAAAGGAAUAACUAUUCCAAAAGACUCAGACUAAGUUACAGGACAGUCAAGCUGGAUGUGAUAAAGAUUUUAUCACCUCAUAUUCAACAUACUGGCUGCACUGGACUCAUCAAUGUUUAGCUUCCUCUGAGGAAGUGGCCUUGUAGUUGUCAUCACUGGAACUUAAAUUACUGUGAAAAGGAGGUAUCCUGUGUUUCUCAGUUAAGACUUGUUCUUUUGAGUGUGUAUUAAAUGUUGCUAGAAAAGACUCAUUA